GUUGUUUUUCCGUCGCUUGCCUUUUGUUCCUCGGAGAUUUUGAUCUGUCUGAGAAGAUCGGAGAUCUGGAGUGUUUAGUCCUUCUGUUCGACAUUCAUUUCAACCGCGUGGAGUAUUAGCCGGAAACAGAGGCUACCGAUUCUUAUACCCUGUCACUACCGAUCCUGACUUUGUUCGAGUCUGCGAAAAUCUCUGUCACAAUGGCCGACGCUCCUGAAAGCCCCGUCCCUCAGCAACAAACCCCCCAGAAGAACUUCUACCAGAAUGGAGUCAGGACCACCGGCCGUGCUUUUCAUUCUCCCAACUGGCGCCUGAAGGGCGAGGAGAGCCCGAGUGCGCAGAGCGCCGGUUCCCCGGGCCCCAAGACCAGCACUUCGAGAAUCGCUUUCAGCAGACCCAGCGCACACGUGCCGCAGGCUAUCUCUGAGGGCCGCCGUCUCUACGUGGGUAACAUGCCCUACACGGCCAAGUCGGAGGAUGUGCAAGCACUCUUUACCGCUGCCGAGUUCCAAAUCGAGCGUAUCGAUAUCGCCAUUGACCCCUUCACGGGCCGCAACCCCUCAUACUGCUUUGUCGAUCUGGAGACGAAGGAACUGGCCGAGCGGGCCAUGGUUGAGUUGGAUGGCCGGGACAUGCUUGGCCGUCCAGUCAAGAUCAAGCCGGGUGUUGUGAAGUCUGCCAGCGAGCGGUCCCAGCAGCAGCAACAGCAGCAGCAGCAACAGCAACCGCGCGUGGAUGGCUCUCCUCGUGAUGUGAGAAGCUCGCCUUUCAGUGCUGACCGGUGGCGCCGUGGCAACGAUGAUAUUCCCUCUUCCCCCGCCAGACCCGUCAACAACGAUGCCAGCCGCCGUCUCUACGUCGGUGGUCUCCCCAAGUUGACCGAUCAGGACGCUCUCAACAUCAACAUCCGCAAUUUCUUCAAGGGAUACAAUGUUGAGAACGUCAGCAAGCAGUUCGCCCCUCACCCCGCCAAGCGGUUCGAGCCCGGUGACCACUACUACCUCUUUGUCGAUUUCGACAGCGUCGAUGAGGCUGAGAACGCCAUGGGCGCUCUGCACCGCCAGGAGGGUCCCUGGGGCUCCAUGCUGCGGGUCCAGAGAGCUCGUGGCGAAACCAACACCCAGGAGAGACGUCCCAAGUGGCCGUCUAGCCGAGAUGAUGCAGCAAUCCCUACUCUUGGCGAUGCCAAUGCUGUUGCUGAGGUUGCGGUCGGCGUAUAGUUGUGCUUCCCAGCUAUACGGCUGAUCCGGACAACCCUUCUCACGACACGAAAAAAAAAGUUCCUGCAUACCCUUUCAAAGCCAAAA